UCGGGGUGAGGGAGAGGGGGACGGCUUGAGAAGCAACAGAUUUCUCGGGAAGCGGACGGAAGGAAAGUCUGAGCAGAUUCUAAGACAAGGAAGUACAUGGGAAACAAGAUGAGGUGGACAAGUAUGGGGGGAAAGGGAAGGAUGCCUCAAGACAGAACAUAAGGGACAAGAGAGGAGUGGAGAAAGUUCUUGUGUGAGCCAAGAACACACAUAUGAGAAAAAGGUGGGCUGAUGGAUUAAGGGAAAAAGCAAAGCAGCAGAGCAGUGAUAAAAAGCCAGUCUUGUCAGGGGAGAAAAGAGAAAGAGAGAGAAAAAGAGAGAGAAAGGGGCCGUUCAAUUUAGAGGAGGGAGGGAGAGUGAAGAGAUUAACUGUCUGGGAGAAAGAGAGAGAUAAAGAAAAGGGGUGUCGUUGUCAAGAAACACGCACAUGAAUAAAAUAAGGAGGACAGCCGAGCGAGAGAUGAAUUCGUUGGUAGCGGCAGCAUCUGCCUUUGAGAGCUAGCCUAGUUUACGAGAACACAUGCAUGUUAGCGCUAUGUGUGCGCUCGUGAGAGUCGAUGCACGUUAUGAAGACUCUUAUGCUCUGGAUCCUUCCUGUUAUCCUUCUGUGCUCCCUCUGCAGUGUGGCCUUCUGGAUAUUCCUUUCUAACAAUGAUGUAAACCCUAAUCCUUCAUCUAAGAUUCAACAAAAAGUCUCAGAGACACAGUCUUGCAAGGGAUGCAAAGAGAAUGUAUUCAUUUCCAAAGCACUGGAGAACUACUCUAACAGAUGGAAAAAACAUGAGGCAAACUUUAAAAGAUUCAGGUCAUUGCUGAAUGGCAAAUGCCAUGCUGUGUCAAAGGCUGUUGUUACACAAAAUAACACCCCACUUGGGUCAAAUAUUAUCUAUGAUGGAGAGAGGAGAAAGCCAAUACAGGUGAUACAAGCCCUGUUCAACAUCCUGGCUAAGGAGCAGCCCUUUGGAAAUUCUACAUGGGAGUCAUGUGCCGUGGUGGGGAAUGGUGGUAUUUUGACCAAUAGCAGCUGUGGAAAAGAAAUUAAUUCUGCCCAGUUUGUCAUUAGAUGCAACCUUCCACCACUGGAUAACAGAUAUGAGAAAGAUGUAGGCAACAAAACCAACCUGGUGACUGCAAAUCCCAGCAUCCUCCAUGAGAAGUACAAUGGUCUAAUGGAGCGCCGUCGUCCAUUUGUUGAAAGCCUUCAUCCUUAUGGACAAGCCUUAAUGCUGCUGCCAGCGUUCUCUUACGGUCACAACACGGCUGUAUCCCUGCGUGCCUUUUACACACUGGAGGACUUCGGCAGCAAUGGCCCACUGCCUGUUUUCCUGAAUCCAGAAUAUUUGAGAAAUUUGUCAAAGUUUUGGCGUGAGCGAGGCCUUAAAUCGGUUCGUCCCAGCACAGGACUAAUCAUGGCCAGUUUAGCACUAGAAAUCUGUGCUAACGUCCAUUUGUACGGUUUUUGGCCUUACAGUAAACAUCCAGAUGACAGUCGACGGAUCACCAACCAUUACUAUGACGAUCGGCAGAGCAAGAAGAAUGUGCAUUCCAUGCCGGCCGAGUUCGAACAUUUAUUGAAGCUCCACAAGCAAGGUGUGGUUCGCAUGCACCUGGGGGAUUGUCAACCCCCACACAGGUAAAACAUGAGACUGGCUGCAAACUAGGCCUUGCCUGUAAUGUACAGCAUAAUUCUUAGUUUGAUUAAGAACUACAACAGGCCAGCAGGACCAGUCCCUGGAAAGACACAGAUGUGAAUGUAAUUGUGCACAGAAUCUAUAUUGCUCAUAAUGCUGUGUGCACACUCGCUCAAAGAAGAAGCCAUGACCAUGCACAACAAAUGAAUCUUUUUUAAGUUAAUUUGAGAUAAUCUUGCACACAAAAAUAGCUGAAACGAAUGUACUGAUUAGCCUUGGUAUACUGUGAAAGAAUUGAAUUAGGAAAAUAAUUCUUAGAGCAGCACCCCUAAACACUCCUUAAGUGGUCUUGCCUUAGUCAGCCUUUAAUGUGCUCGCUAUCGGUGCUUCUCCAGCUCUGUUGCAUUCAUCACAAGUGCCAGGCUUUCCUCUUUAGCAUUUAUUAGCAGUGCAUGUGAAUUUGAUCUCAGGUGUGGAGAAAUAGCUGUAAUAGCAGCACUGGAUUUAACUCCAGACUUUGAUUUCAGGACUAAGAUCUCAGCUAAGAGAUUGCAGAAAUGUCUGGUUGUUUCGAAGCAGGAUGUCGCGAUCACAGUGUGAAACAAUAAGAGGUUAGUGUAACUCAGAGGAAUAAACUAGAGGUGUAAAAGCUGAAAAUAGGGGCAAAUUUUCAAUGUGCCAAUUCUAAAUGCCCUAUCCGAGUAUGACAUUGCUCUUACAGCAAUCACUGAAAUGUAAAUAAAUGAAUAAAUAAAAAUGACAAUUUCAGUUCAA